UCUAACCUCACUUUAUUUCGGAAUUCUUUGUUUAUAUUUCGUUAAUGUUUUAACUUUUUUUCUGCUAUAAUGAAUGACUUUUUAGAAGUUUCUAGUGAUUCUAGUGAUACUAUUAUUCUUUCGCCAAAGGACAAUUUUUUACCAGAACAACUUGACAACGAAGAUUCUGAUGUUGAAGCUCUUGUAAAUAAAUAUAUUUCAGAAAAUGCCUUAAAAAAUCUCUCUGAAGAUACUGUAGUAGUUGAAGAACAGUUUGACCAUGAAGAUUCAAGUGUCCCACGUACUAAACGACUAAAAACAUCAAACGAAAAUGAAUUUUCAAACAAUCGAUCACUUUCGAGUAGUUCCAGUUCUCAAGAAGACAUUACAAAUGAGGCUGAAACAUUACAGGUGUUGCAGGAUAAAUAUAAACUAACUGCUGUUAAGGAAUAUGCUAAAAAUGACGUGAUAUUAAAGGAAAAUGUCAAACCAGUAAACAACAAAGAUCUGAAGAAACAAGAAAAAGAACUACACAAACAAGAGAGAAUCAGAGAGAGGGAACAAAAGAAAAAAGAAGCAGAGCAAGAGAAAAUUAUUAAACAAAGUCUUGCCGCCGCUUACAAAAACGUUAAACCUACAGAAUGUAUGAAGUUUAUUACUGUUGGAAUAGACGAAUGCAUAUCCACUCAAGAGUACAACAAUGAGAUAAUAAAUGCAUUGCAAGAAGCAGGGGUCCAAUACAGAAUUCAGUCCCAGAUAUUUCCAAAUACAAUCAACUGGACCAGGAAAACGCAGUCACAUUUUCUUAAUGAUGACGGAAAAUUAGUAUUAAAUUCGCAAGACCAGAGUGCUAAUGAAAUAUUGCUUAUAAUGAACUGUAAAAAAUUCGUAGAACACGUUAGCGGUGAUACUUUAUCUGGGUAUAUACAAUCCUUGCAGUCUGUUCUAGAUAACAAAACAAUCACAUUGGCAAUAUAUGGUUUACAAAGUUACUUUAGGUUCCUGAAAAUUCGUAAUCAAAGAGAGAGAAGGGCGCAACUAACUGAUGAACAACAGAAACAAACAACUUCUAAAAUAUUCUUUGAUGACUACCCAAAAGUUACCAAAGAAACUAUAGAUUAUAAACUUACAGAAUUGCAGUUGUUAUGUUCUUGUUCACACCGUUUAAUAGAAUCAGCUUCUGACAUGGGUUUAUUGGUAACUCAAUUCACUAAAGCUGUAGCUGAGGUUCCAUUUAAACUCCAAAGAUAUGAAAAAUUUCAACAGACAGAGUGGUUUGUAGCUGGUGAUAACCGCGACUGUGUUAAAGUUGAUAAAAAUGGCAAUGGUUUAAACAGACUUUGGAAGCAAAUGCUAACAACGUUUCCUUUGGCAAGAUUGGAGACUGCAGAAGCAAUUACUUCCCAAUACCCCACUGUAUCGUCUUUAAUAACGGCGUACCAAAAUUCUGAGUCAACUAAGGCAGCUGAAUCCUUAUUGCAAGAUAUCCCUAUUCGAAGAGCGGCGGGUCCUUUAACAUCUACCCGGAAAAUCGGACCUGAACUUAGUAAAAAAAUUUGGAAUUUCUUUACUUCUACAGAUGGAAAUACACAGCUUUAAAUAAAAUAUAUUCAAAUAAA